AUGGAAGCCAGCGCGGGUUUUCGGAUCGGCUUCCCGUACGCCCUACACGCCCCAGGUCUGUACGGCCCAUCGUCCUUCGGCAGCCCACUGUCCGGUGACUCCGCGGCCGCUGCCGUUCUUCGAGGCAGCGGUAGCAGUGGACGCGGCGGUGCCUCACCACCGGCCAGUGGCACGACCCGGGCCGAAGUGGCGGACCUCGGUGAGGAACUGCGAAGUGACGACGACUCGCCGGGACCCGUCGCCCGCAGGAUGGGUCUGUCGCCCACCAGUUCGUGCUUCGGCGUGUCUGUACACCCGUCCGCCCUGGCCUCAGAGAUGUCGCCCACACAAGGUCAUCACGGGCUGCAGAGGCAUAUGCACCCGCACUCGCAACACCACUUGCACCCAGGCUCCGUCGUCUCCGUCGGAGCACGACCCUCCCUCGCCGCCGUCACAGCGGCCGUAUCGUCGGCGCCCAGCCUGGCCAGUCUGCCUGCAGUGAGCCAACCCGGCGAGCGGCAGCGUGCCCCGUCGUCGACCCCCGAGCCUCCUCGGGCGCCGCCCGCGAGUCAGGCGUCCGCCAUGAUGGCCGGGGGCCGCAAGCACCGGCACGCCAAGACCAUGCGGCUGAGCAUCAACGCGCGCGAGCGAAGGCGUAUGCACGACUUGAACGACGCGCUCGACGAGCUGCGCUCCGUCAUUCCGUACGCGCACAGCCCGUCUGUGCGCAAGCUCUCCAAGAUCGCCACGCUCCUGCUCGCCAAAAACUACAUUCUCAUGCAGGCCAACGCCCUGGAGGAACUGCGUCGCAUCAUCGCGUACAUGAACCAGGCUGGAGGCGUGGCCAUCCCAGCCGCAGCCGCGGGUCCUCUGGCGGCUUGCUGCCCCGUGCCGACACAGGUGGCCUCAGUGCAGAACCACGGCGGCGAAACCGGAAGAGGAGGCAAGUUUCCGGGAACCCCUAGUCCUGGUCUCUUCUCGCCAUUCGCUCCCGCGCUGAACGGCGGAAGCCCUACGGACUCCGGAGGUGGUAUUAGUGACGUCAAGCCGUGA